AUGUGCGCGCUUUUGACAAAGAUCCGGGUGCUGGCCGACGGGGCCCAGGAUGCCGAUGCCCGGCUGAUGGCGGGAUUGGGACUGGCGGAGGGCCUGUUGGGCGUGGACGCCGCGGCGAUUGGGGCGGAUGGGGGAAAUGGCGGAGAUCGGCGUUCUUUGGGGGCCGAGCGGUCGGAAUCGAUGCCGGAUUCUGUGCGGAUCGCCCGCAUGGCGGCAGUGGGUGCUCGCGGGCGUGCCAGAGAUCGGCGCAGAGAGGGGCCCGGGCGAUUGGAAGGGAUGUCGGAAGCGGUGCGCAGCGCGUGCGUGCGGGAGCUGGGCGCCGCGCUGCAAGAUGCGAUGUGGGGGAUCGGAGGCAGCGGGGAGCGGUACGGCGAAGGAUCGGGGCGCGGAGGCGCGGUGGCCAGCUCGAGCGCCGGGGGCGCGGUCGAAAUGUCGAGAAGAUUCUGUCCAAGGGAGGGGGCGGCGAUGCAGGGCAGGGAUUCGGGGCGCGGGCUUGCGGAAGCGGACUCGAGUGCGGGGGGGGAGAUCGACGCGCCGAAAGAAUUGUGCCAAGGGAAGGGGUUGGAUGCGGGAGGCGGCGGGCCGAAACGCGGCGUGGGAUGGGAGCGCGAGGCCAUGGAGGCCAAGUCGAGUGCCGGGGACUCAGACCGAAUGUCGAGAAAAUUCCGUUCGGGGAAGGCGAUGGGGGAGAUGCCGAGAGAACUGUGCCUAAGGGAGGCGGGGAUGGAUCACAGGUGGUGGCGGCUGCUGGCGAUCGUGGUGGGCAGCGGGCGGGGGGUGGCGGUGGAUGCCGGAUUGGCGGUGGCCGCCGCCGGCGCCUUGGCGCGAAUGCGCGGUGCGGAUUGCGAGGAGGGGCGGCGAUUGGCCGAUGGGAUCCUGAUGGCGCUGAGGGCGGUGAGGGAGGCGGGAGGCAUGGCGGCGUUGGGAGGAACGGAAGAAUGGGCGGAGAUGCUUGGAGCAGGGCUAGCCGUGCUCAGCUGCGGAUUUGUGACAGGCGAUGACGGGGGUGGUGAGGAGAUCCUGCAGCUUGGGAAGUUCUUGUUCGUGGAGGCGAGGGGCCGGCUGGAGGCGCUGGAGCGGCAGGGGCCGGUGCUGGCCGCCGUGGGCGGGAGUCUGUGUUUCGAUGCGCUGCGCGUGGCGUCGAGAAGGGGAGUGCGCUCGGGGGUGGGGAGGGCGAUCAGGGAAUUCCUGGCGGGGGUGAUCUUCCACCCCGCUCACCUGGGCGCCUGGGCGCGGGUGUGCCUGGAGGACUUUGGGGCUGGGAGCGGGGAGGGGGGCCCCCGGGCCGCCUCCCACAAGCGUGUGCGGGGAUUCUUUCAGCAGAUGGCGGAUGCUGCGGCGGGGGAAUUGGCAGAGGGGGGUGACGGGGAGCUGCAGGCGUGCGUGGCUGGGAGUUUGGGCUGGAUGGUGGAAUCUUUCACUGCGGCAUGGGGGAGGGUGAACCCAGAGGGAAGGGGUGUGGAGGAUGGCAAGGGUAGGCACGGGUCUUGGGCAUCUGUGCCAUUCUGCGUCUUCGCCAAGCUGGCAGCCGUAACUGUGCCUGUCCUGGUGAAUGCUGCGAGCCCCAGUGCCGAUACCGGAUUGAUGGAUCCGCAUGGUUGCAGAGACAGGGCCAGGAAGCGGAAGCGGGAGGAGGGCAAGGGGAAGGGGGGGAAGGGCAUGCCAUGGUGGGUGGCCAGCACCGCUCUGGCUGAGGGCCUGCAGGCGGUGAAGGCCACCGGGGCUUACAGACCCACGGAUGAUCCUGGUGGGCGGCAGAAACGGUUUCUGGAGGGGCUGGCUGGAGCGGUGCUGUCCCACUGCUCACCUGCGUGCCAGGCGCCAACUCCAUUGAGCAAGCGGCCCCGAGGCCAGGAUGUGAUGCCAGAAGGGGCGCCGGCCGGUGGCACGGGGGAUGCCAUGGAGUGGUGCGCGGCGGUCAAAGCCAUUCAGGCGCUGCUGGAAUUGGAGUACAGGGUGGUGCAGCCUCAUCUGGAGACUGUGUGGCUGGUGCUGUUUGGCGCGGCAGGAGUCACCGGCCAGGAAGGAGCUGUGCCGGCGGUCGUGUGCACCACUGCGGCAAAGCUGGUGGAGGUUUACUCCCACAUCCGGCAGCUGGAUGUGCUGCUGGAUGCUGCUGCGACCUGCGUGAGGUGCCACAGGCAGGCGACGAGCAUCAAGGUGCUGUGCUCCGAGGAGUUUGUGUCUGCCAUCGCCGCCAGCGUGCGCAGUCUUCCUGUGGGCCAGACCAGCCGUUUUGUCCAUUGGGUGGGCAGGGAGGUGAGGGAGCUGUCUGAAGCCCUGCCAGAUCCUGUGCUGCUGGCCCUGGGUGAGGUGCUUGACUGCGUGUUGCAGAACCUGAUGGUGGACCUGACGAAUGCCAUGCCUGUCGCCCUGGCGGCAAAGGCGGUGUUAAUGACCAAACCCGUCAAGCACCACCUGGUGCACAUGGUCGGCAGGCGCCACGCCUUUGGCGUCCGGCCCGUCCUUGCAACUGUGCUCCUUCGGCUGUACAGCUCAACGCUGCAGCUGCAUGCGGCCUGCGUCCGCCAGUGCCCUGCUGUGCAGCCCUUGUCUGGCCAAGGCCUGGAGAUCGACAACACAGAUCGGUUGCGGUGUUCAUAUGGACCUGACCAGGAAAGCUACACUGGUGGCGAGUACUUCGAAGCAGCAGAGAUUGGAGGCCCUCCUGGCAAGAGGUGCCCAACGCUGCUCAGCGUGGCCCAGGACCUCUUUACUGGCUUGGAGUCAGGCGUGUUUCAGGUGUUUGUGGACAACCCCGACUGGGGGUCGGUGUUGGCCUCGACGCUUGCCGGGUGCAUCCUCCACAGGAUGGCGGUGCUGAAGAUGAGGGCCCUGCGUCUGGGCUGUGCCUGUCCAGAGGCAAACAAGGAAGGUGCUGGGGAUGCCUUGGUGAGGGGGAUUGACGGGAGUGCCAGGGGCACCAUGGGACCAGGAACUUCUGAGGAGGCAUCGGACAGUGGUGUUUCAAGCAAUGGCAACGCUCUGGAGGAGGGAACCAGGUGGCUGCGGUGCAGUGAUGGGCAGGACGCAGCAGACAGCAAUGGCAGCGAUCAGGGGGACGGCGUGGACACGGUGGAGGGAGUGCAAGAGGAGUCCUGGUUGGGCGGCUUGGAUAGCAGCCGCCUGCCUGGUGCGCCGUCCGUAGCUGGCCGUGACUCAGAAGCGUCAUCGUCAUCAUCUUUCCUGUCUGAGGGAUCGAGCGAUGGUCUGAGCUCAAUUGACAUGGCUGAAGCGCAGUCUCCAUUCAGCGAGGUGCACGAUGCUUGUGAGGAAUGGAACCAGAAUGCAUGUGACGCCUGUUUGGACGAACUGGGGCAGCUUGGGUCGCUGCUGCUGCGUAUCUCUCCUCGAGACCUCGAUCUUUCGGCCCUGGCUGCGGUGGCGGAGCCCCGGGGGCCCGUCUUCUUUGGGCUCAGUGCAGGCCAGUCCAUGUGCUGGACGUUCAUGCACAUGUGCGAGACAUUUGAGGCAUGGGCCGAGCACUGCCCGCCGGAAGGGAAGGUGCGCUUCGUGCAGCACGUGAUGGCGAUCUCGAGCGAGGGAGAGGCUGGAGACUGUUGGCCAGGUAGCAUGCUGGGGUUUAUGAGGAGGGCAGCGGACCACCUGUGGGCGAACCCCAGUGUGUACGAAGUGGCUGGCUAUGACCUUGUGUGCCACGUCGCCUUUGUGAGGCGGGCUCUCGAGCACCUCAGCCGUCUGCCGGCACAGAUCCAACAGGGCUGCGGCGGUGACCUGUCCCCCCUGCCUGGGGCUUUCUGUGGACAAGGUCCCCGGUCGCCUGGCCUGAUGUACAGCGACUCCGUGGGGAAAUGCAGCCCCCUGGAUCUCAGCGUGCAGCUGUCUUGCCAGGUGAGCAAGCUGCUGGGCCUGAGGCAGAGCGUGGUCGCGGCAGAGGAGGCGGGCCAGGGGCACCCCAUCUUCCUGGGCCGGGGUUUGGCAGCUGAGCACCCUGCAGCAUCCGAGCUGAGGAGCCUCCAACGGCUGACCAGGCUCAUGUGCAUGUUCCCAUCUGGCCACUUCAACACAUGUAGCAAGGAGGCCAUCCAUGCAGCGCUCUUUUUGGGUAAAAUGCUGGUGGAGUGCCUGCUGAACGCCAUGGGGGCAAGCGGAGAUGACGCCCGGGCGGGCGUUCAUGCAUCUGUCGUGGCCCGCAUCGCGCAGUGCCUUGUGGCACUGUUCAGAUGGCUUGCCUACCUCACCGCAGGUGGUCCAGAUGCAGCUGGUGCCUUUUAUGACACUGCGGGGGAGGCAGGCAUGUUGUGGCUGCACCUGGCCUCUGACGUUGUCAUUGCGUUGAGCAGCCUGCUCAGGGUGUACGGCCACAACUGCGAUCUGGAGGUCGGCUCGAAUGCAGUGGAGGGUGUCAGUGGGGUGGUGAGCAAUGUGGCGGCUGGGUGGCUGAUGGCAGGUGCCAGGGACGAAUCGGAGUUGAGCGGCUCACAGGGGGGCUGCCUGAUCGGUGUUCAGGAUAGAGGGAGGGGGAAACAGGCAGGGGGUGGUGUUGUUCAGAGUGUGCUGGACAUAAUCGCUGCACAGGGGUGGGGCGACACGAUGUCCGAGCAGGACGUCGCCGGGUGCUUCCUAGCUCGGGCGUCGCCGCACGUUGCGAACGCGUGCAUGCUGCGCAGCUGCAGGGCAUGGCUGGUCGACAGCGUGGCGAUGGCGCUGUGCAGAGCGGUGCUGCAUGCCACAGAAGUGGCUGGACGUGAAUCUGGCAGUGGGAUGUCCUGCCUCUCAGGCAGCGUGACGCCAGUGGGCCGGCUCAGCACAGAUGGCCAAGUCAGGGCUGUGCUGGACUCGAUCCAAUCGUCGAUGGGCGAGCUGGAAACAACCAUCGUGGACCACUUCAUGUCCCUCACUGAGCUUCUGAAAUGCAUCUCAGGAUUCAAGGCUGGUGGCGCCGCCAAGCAAAGUAGCGGGGUCGGGACCAAUGACCCUGGCCUUGCUGCCACCCACCAGGCGCUGCUGCAUGCUGCGGCAUGCCUCUGCAGUGCGAUCUCGCAGCGUGUGGGUGUCCAUGCACUGCAGCCCAGGCAGCCAGGCAUCUCGCAACACAGCCUGCCGCCAUGCCUGGCACUCUUGGGGCCCAUCCUCAGCCAGGUGUCCAGCCUGCUGUUCGGCGGCCACUCGCCUCUCCAGCUCGACUGCCGGACAGCAACAGACCGCCUGGGAGGCCUCUGGACGCCCGGCGCACUGGCCAAGGUGAUCGACCUGCUGCACUGUGCGGGAAGUGUGUUCCCACUGAUCGAGCCCCCUCUGCCAGUUGACACGUUUGUGGACCUGGCCUGCAUCCACCUCCUCCUCUUUGCAGGCCUGCCCCUGGACCCCAGCGGCCCUGAUACCCUCAGGCAGACCUCCAACUCGCUGGGCGGCCCGGCGGCCAUCGCCAUCGAUCCACCGCACGGCCCACAGCUCAGGCAGUCGAUUGCAGAUUCGCUGCAGCGGCUGGUUUCUGGUGGGGUCCCAGCUGAACAUGUCACUUCCCUGGUGGAAGCACUCGAGCAGGGGAUGCAGCAUCCUGGGGAGCCUGCCCUCGCCUAUGCUUGCCUGCAGGGCCUGCUGCUGUGCCUGGAGAUCCGCACUGGCCCCAAGAUCAAGCACCACAUAGCGGCCAGGGCAGGGGGGCUGGCCCAGUCUGUGCUGUCCUGCAUGACCCGCAUGGCCAUCACGACCACGGCAUUCGACCCAGGUGGCGACGAGAGGGACAAGACCUUUCUGGCGGCGGCCCUCUGCGCGGGGCUGCGGUGCCUGGAGUCGAUGAUCGCCACGAGGAGCUUCGCGCUGCCAGCCCCGGUGGUGGCCCAGGCGGCCCGCCUUGGCCACGUGCUGCUCCAGCACUCCGGGGACGCUGGCACCCGCGCAUUGGCUGGGACGAUGCGAUGGGACGGCAGGCGGGGCACCUGCCUGGCAGCGGCCUCCGCCAAUGUGCUGACAGCGAUCCUGCGCCACAGGCCCGGCCACUUGCCCCGCACGGGCCACCUGGUCCUGCAGAGCUUCCGCACGAUCCUGGGCUUCCUGUGCGCUUGGGAGGCCGUCUGGUCUGAUUCCCACAAGGCCUGCCAGCCGGCAGACAGGGGCACCACGUCCAUUCAUCAAGUCCCUUCCUCCCUCAGGCCCCUUCAUCAGGUUCCUACAUCCACCAGCCUCCAAAACUGCAAUAUGCCAUGGACAAGGCAAAGUUGGGACUCGUCGGAAAUGCAAGGCAUUGGAGGGGAGCCCUCCACCGCGAGGGAUAGAUCCGAAGUCAGAGCGACCUCUGAAGCCAGAGCGAUCCUGUCGCGCUGUGCGAUCGCCCUCUCGGUGGUGGUCGAGGAGGUCGCCCGGGGUCGCAGGGGCACGCAGUGUGUCACAGUCCUGGCGGAGUACUUGACGGCCGUGGCAGAGGCGGGCGCCCCCGAGAAGAGGUCAGGUGGGGGUGGGGGUGCAGCAGGGCCAUGGGGAUGCAGCGGAGAGGCGGCUGGGGCUAAGAGGGGUGGGGUGCUGUGGGAGAUGCGGGGCGCGGCGCUGGAGGUGUACAAAGUACUGGGCAGGGAGGAGCUGCAGCACCUGCACGUGGGGCUGCGGCAGGAGGGGGCCAGGAGGGCGCUGGCGGAGCUCAGGCGGGAGUACAGGAGGGGGCGCAGGUAA